AUCACAGAAAAGCUGAGAGAGAGAAGGAGGAGGCGGUCUUUUUCCCACGGUUGUCGCAACUGCUCAGGUGAGCGUGCUACCCCUCUUACCGAUCCCAACCCCCCUUAAAAAAGUUCUCCAACCACCCCUCCAAGACACCGACAUAGGACUGGUCUUACGGCCAUUCAUGAGUGCCUCACUAUAAAUAAUCGCGUAGUACGCGCAAGAAGGAAGUUGAAAGAAACACGUGAAAUUGUUCGGAAUAAAACUCAGCUUGUCUUGCGGGAAAGAAAAAGAAAAACAGCACAGUACUAUUAUAAUAGUCAACAAUAUAAGAGUGCUGGCGGUGUGCGUGCGAAAAAUCGUGUUUGUUUGAUUUAUUUUUCCUACAUUGACAUAAGGAAAUUUUCGUACCUUUUUUUUAACAUUUGUUUUGAAAAUAGUAGAAAAAUAUGCACGUUGUGCAAAGGUUGUCGUGGUGGGUGACGUUGAUGCUCGUAGCAGCUUUCACAACUGUCAAAACAGCGAUGGUUUCUAGGUUUCCAAUCAACAUUAGACAUAACCACAAAUCAGCUUUCAGAAUAUUCUACCAGAUAGGGAACAGUGAAUCAGAUUUACCAGAAUGCACAGCGAUGUCAGUUUGCAACAGAGUUGAUACUUAUUCUACUCCGUGGAUUGAACGGCAAUGUAGAUGUCCAGGAAAAAAAGUAUGUUCUAUGUCAAUUGAUGCCAAAGAUGGAUAUACUGUCGUAGACAAAUCAAGGCAAUAUAAACUAUGUGAACCUGUGAAUCGCCUACCUACCUGCCGUUAUUUUAGGGACAUUACCUGGACAUACGCCACAUACCCGGACAACACAACAAGACAAACAAUGCAUUGCAUGUGUCCGAAAAACAGUGUUGCUUACAUAUUCAAGCAUGAGUCAUACAAUACGCCCGAAGGAGUGGCAAUUCUUUAUUUCCUAGCAUGCUCCCCACAAAGUAAAAUGAGAUGUCAGCGUAAAGAGCCCUGUCGACUUUUCACUGUAAAGAAAAGACCUGACGUUGAAGAAGUCGGCACGAACACUCUGUGUCAAUGUGCGAGAGGGCAUCGCUGUCCACAACAUCACAGCGAACCUUCCGUGAUAUCCAGCCCUUCAAGUUUUACAGAAGAACACAUUCGGACUUAUAGUGGGUACUGCACAUCAGAAUUGCCCACACUGUAGUGUUCGUAAUGUGUCUCAAUGAGACACGGAUUUUUAAUUUAUGCAUUUGAACUUCAAAAACUGAAUGAAGUAGUGUUGUAAAAAUGUUAGAGUGUAAAUUAGUGACAUUGAAAAAUUGCGAUCUGUGUAUAUAAAGUAUUCUGCUAAGAGUUGCCAUGAAAAAGUAUUUAAAUAGGCAACAUGAAUUACUUUAAAACUCAUAUACAGUAUAUUUAUUAUAUAAAUGAAUUCGAUGCAGUAUGUUGGAAGAAAUUACACAAGCAUCAACUGAAUUGUUGGUGCCAUGGAAUUUAACGAGUUUGCUAAGCACUAUUUAAAGAAUUUGAAAGUAGACAGAAGUAUUAAGUUAAAAUACAAUGAUUUUAAUGAAAUGACAUGUAAAAUCCUAAUGACAGUGUUAAAUGACAAUGAUAUUUAACUUCUUUUUUAAGAGCAAAUUUUAAUUCAUAGAAUUCGUUCAAUAGUUACUGAAGAGCUCAUUUUACUUUUAAAAAAUUUUUUAUUUACAUUUCAUAUUCUUAAUUUUUUAUCUAUAAAUUUAAAUUUUUAAAAAUGUAGCUAUUAAGUAUAAUUUAGCAAAUAUUUAUUCUUAUUGAAUAAAUAAUGUAAAAAACGUGAUGUCAGUAGCAAUUACAUAAAUAAUUGAAGAAACCUUUUGAUAGUUGAUGUAAAUGAAUUAAGACAAUGCAUUUCUAGAAAUGUUUAUGAUUUUUAAAAUACUAUUCUAACCAAAAUAUUAAUGAAAAUGCUGCAUUUAUUUUAAAAAUUUUCUAUUAAUAUUUUAAAUUGAUGAAUAAAAUUGCAAUAAUUACUAUUAUAAAAUAAAAAUAAUCUUUAGGCCUUUUUUUUAAUUACUAAUUUGAAUUUAUAAGUUCUUCGUGAUAAUUUUUAUUUCGCGAAUUCGACUUCUGAUAUAGGAAAACGGAAUAAUAAAUGAGAUUUAUCUUAAUACGAAUUUUUAAUCUGGUUCGUUUUCUUUGUUUCUGUUUAGUCUGAUAAUUAUAAUCCAAUUACGUCUAAUUAAAAUUCUCAUCUUUAAUUAUUAUUUUUAUUAAUUAGUUAGUUGUAAUAUAUUAAUUAAAAUUCCUUCUAAAAGUAAAUACGACAAAUGACAUUCAUUAGUUUUGUAAUUAUAGAGUAAGAUAAAAAUAAAUUUCUUUUUCGAUAUGUAAGCAAACGAAGAAUAAAUGACAUUUAAAAUACUAAUCUGAUAAAAGAAUCCGAUCAUUAAGGUAGACACGAGUCAAGUGAUAUGUGCCUAUUUUCACGCUUGACCAACUACGACUAUUCCCGUGAAAGCACAAAGAAAUUUUUCUCCGACGAAAAGGAGAAUGUUCUAAAGGUGAAGUCCAAGGUGCCCAGUGACACGGCCCACUGGCUAACGGCGGUCAGAGGUCCUAUUGCAGAAAUGGAUGGCCUUUGCACAGAUUCUCAACCCUUUAUGAAUAGUACCCUAUGGGAAUCGAACGUAGUGAAUCCUUCCCAUGCUCGACCUACGAACCAAGACGAAUCCGGACAAAAUAAUUGGUAAAUCUUUAAAAAGGUUUUUGGUGAGUCCCAGAAGAGAAACUUCUUCACACACCCACAAUUUUCACAGCUGAAGUCCGACUUCCGAUUCUAAUUCCAUUGAGAGCGAGCCACAAGCUAAUGAUAGAAAGCGAUUUCUGUUUUGGUUGAUCUUCACCUUUUAUGAGAGAUACAUUUGGGAAACAAUAAUUUAUUUCAGACUUCCGAUUGUUUGGAAAUGUUCAUAUAAAUGACAGCAAUUUAGUAUCAAAGUGGGAAAGUAAAUUCAUUCGUUAUCGUUUCCGAAAAUCAGGCAAGCAAUCAAAAUCUUUUACAGAGAUAGCUUAAAAUGAAAGAAAUUGUCUGCUCGUAUUUAUUUUGUUUAAUGGGUGCAAUUUCUUUGUUAAAGUCUGCACAAAUUUUGGGGGAAAAAAAUAUUAAAUUGCUCCUUCUUUUUUUUCUUUCUUUUUUUUGGAUUAAAAGUUUUGGAGUUUCCGGUGAUAAAUCAAAUAAUGUUUAUAAUGAAUAUCGUAUUUACUUCAAACUAUUUAAAAAUAGGAAUUAUUCUUUAAUAAUGCAAUAAUAAUUUCUAGAAACUUUCAAUAAUAAAUUGUUUUCAAUUCCGUUUCUUAUUUGAAUAGUUCCUGUUAUUUUGAAGGGAAAAAAAAUCAAUUUGCAUGAUUCCUACUCUUGUUUCAUCAUUACUUAUUAAAUGAAUACUAUUAUAUAAUUUAUCCAUUUAAAAAAAAAUACGUUAUACUUAAAUAAUCUGAAAUUAUAUUUUAUGUUUAUUUUCCUUAAAUUUAGACGUGAAUAAAGAAAAUUUUCAUUGAACUCUAGAAUAGUUAGAUACAUAUACUAGUAAAAAUAUGCUGUUAAAAAAUACGGCGUAUAUAUCAUGCGAAUAUUAAAAACAAAAUAUUAAAAAGACUUUAUAAAAAUGUAACUAUCAUUUCAUUGAGAAGGAAUUAAUUGAAGUUUUUGCGCUAAGAAAAUAUUCCCUUCAGUUUUAAUCAAUAAAAAAACUUCCUCAAAAUGUAGACAUCGUAAAAAUGUAUCUUUGUGUCAUUUCACUGAAAAUGAAUUAGUGGAGUUUUUACGAUAAGAAAAUAUACAAUUCAUUUAUAAUCAAGGCACUAGAAUGGAUAGAAACCACUUCACUAACAGUGCCAUAUACACAGGUUAAUUUAGUAAUACUCAACAUUUUGUGAGUGAAUAAAUAUUCUUCUCUAAACAACAUAAGCUUGCUUUUAAUAAUCAUUUUAAUGACGUCAUCAUAAACAAAUAUGGAGAGUUUUAUGAGUGUUUCACUUUGUGCCAUUUUAUACUCAAAUUUGACUUUUAGUGUGAGAGUCAAUAUAUUUGAGUUGAUUUGUUUUAUAUGUAAAAAUGUACAGUGUACAGAACAGAACAUAAAUAAAGACAAAUGAACUAUU